AUGACUCAUAACAAGGAUGACAGCUCUAUUUCUUGUGUUUUAAUAUUCGCAUUAAGUAAUAAAAAAUCUAAGCAACUUGAUAAAUUAAUUCAAUUAAUAAUUGAGGCUAAAAAGAACAAUCAAUACGUAAAAUAUAGACUGUAUUUAGAAAGCAAUGCCAGAACUAGAGGAUGGUCAGAUAUAUUAAAAGAAAUAUGCCCAAAUUUGUCACUUGCGGAAGCAAAAGCAUAUCUGUAUAAUCUACAAUUUCAUGAUGGUGCAAGUGAUAUCAUCAAAAUAUUUAGUCAAAUAAUAUAUAAUAUUCGAUUUAAAAUGAAUGAUGAUUUGCUUCUUUCAGGAAUCUUAGAUAUUCAAUUUAUAGAGAACAAUCAUAAAAAUCUCAAAAAUGUGUAUAAUUCUAAUGGAGUUUGGAACGAAUUAAAUGAAAAAAUUCAAAUAGAAAAAUUGCGACCUCCUCUUAAAGACUUUAUUGAAAAUUAUAUCAUAAAUAACUCAACAACAAAUAAUCAAAUUUAA